AUGUCAAAAGGAAAAGUUUGUUUAGCUUACUCUGGUGGUUUGGAUACUUCUGUUAUCUUGGCCUGGUUGUUGGAACAAGGCUAUGAAGUUAUUGCCUUUUUAGCCAACAUUGGUCAAGAAGAAGAUUUCGAAGCUGCUGAAAAGAAAGCUUUAGCCAUUGGUGCCACUAAAUUUGUUGUUGUUGAUGUUAGAAAAGAAUUUGUUGAAAAAGUUUGUUUCCCAGCUAUUCAAUCUAAUGCCAUUUAUGAAAAUGUUUAUUUAUUAGGUACUUCUUUAGCUAGACCAGUUAUUGCUCAAGCUCAAAUCAAAGUUGCUGAAGAAAAUGGUUGUUUUGCCGUCUCUCAUGGUUGUACUGGUAAAGGUAAUGAUCAAGUUAGAUUUGAAUUGAGUUUCUAUGCUUUGAAACCAGAUGUUGUUGUUAUUGCCCCAUGGAGAGACCCAGAAUUUUUCAACAGAUUUGCUGGUAGAAAAGAUUUAUUGGAUUAUGCUGCUUCCAAGAAUAUUCCAGUUGCUCAAACUAAAGCUAAACCAUGGUCUACUGAUGAAAACUUGGCUCAUAUUUCUUUUGAAGCUGGUAUUUUGGAAGAUCCAGAUACUACUCCACCAAAAGAUAUGUGGAAAUUGACUGUUGAUCCAACUGAUGCUCCAGAAAAACCAGAAACUUUUUCUGUUGUUUUUGAAAAAGGUUUACCAGUUAAAUUGAUCUUGGAUGAUGGUAAAAAGGUUGUCACUGAUCCAGUUGAAUUAUUUAUUGAAGCCAACUCUUUGGCAAGAAGAAAUGGUGUUGGUAGAAUUGAUAUUGUUGAAAACAGAUUUAUUGGUAUUAAAUCCAGAGGUUGUUAUGAAACUCCAGGUUUGACUAUCUUGAGAUCUACUCAUGUUGAUUUGGAAGGUUUAACUUUGGAUCGUGAAGUUAGAGCUAUUAGAGAUCAAUUUGUUACUCCAACUUGGGCUAAGAUUUUGUACAAUGGUAUGUAUUUCACUCCAGAAGGUGAAUAUGUUAGAUCUAUGAUUCAACCAUCCCAAAACACCGUUAAUGGUGUUGUUAGAGCUGCUGCUUAUAAAGGUUCUGUCACCAUUUUGGGUAGAUCUUCUGAAACUGAAAAAUUAUAUGAUGAAACUGAAUCUUCUAUGGAUGAAUUGACUGGUUUCUCUCCAGUUGACACCAGUGGAUUCAUUGCUGUCCAAGCCAUUAGAAUUAAGAAAUAUGGUGAAGCUGCCAGAGAAAAGGGUACUCCAUUGGAUCUUUAA